AUGUUGUCCCUGUCCGUCGUUGUUCGUGGUCGCAAAGCUCUCCAGGGCACCAGGACUUUGAUGUGGACUUGGACUGGGAAUGGUCGCGGACGCGGAAGUUCGCGUCAAGAAGGGAUUACACAGCAGAUGCCUCGCCUUGAAGCAGCUUGCGCGCGGCUGAUGGAUUGGGAGGAAAGAUUGAUGUUUCGGUGGGCUGAGCGGCUUCGAUUUGGACUUGGGUUUAUCGAAGAAUUGGGCAGGAUAUGGGUGAAUGUUGUUACGGCUGCUACUUCUGUUGUUGCUGCUGCCUUGGCUGUUGCUGUUGCUGCUCUGGCUGUUGCCGCUGUUGCUAUUACCGUCGAGAAGUCGCAAAGUACUCGUCGCCGAAGAAGGUCUCGCCAAAACAAGGUUUCUCCCAAGAUGGUGAAGUUGUGA